AUGAUGGAAGAUGAUUGGGCUCCGAUCCUCAACAAGGAUUGUUCACUCUUCUCGUCUGCUAUGCCUCUCAAUGAUGAUUUUCAAUUGACAACACUGGAUCCACCAUAUCUUACAAAUAUCAAAGCUGAACCUCAGGAAGAUAGUGAUUACCACGGAUCGUCUUCUGGAUCGCCUUCGUCAUCACUUUCAUCGCCGGAUAUGAAAGGUGAUCAUCUGGGCGUUGAUUUAUCUUUUGGACAAUUUACUCAAACAAAUGGAUUCUUACAUAGUCCAGCUAGUUCCAGCGGAAGCCCAUUUGCUGCUAUGACUUUUCCUUCAUGUGCUAAUGCUGUACCGCAAACAAGCCCAUUACCUCCUGUCAGCCAUUUUUCUCAACAAAAUCAAAAUCAACGACUUAUGCAUCAUAGCCCUAUUGGUUCCAAUUGUCUCAUUCCACAAGAUGGUCUGUCUCUCUUUGACGAUGAUCGAUCGCUCUCUCCACCAACAUCUGAUCGAAGCUCCCCAAUGGAUAAUGUUUCACCAAUGAUAAACAUGCAAUAUGACAAUGGCUUCACCGUUAUGCCAAACGGCUUAAUGAUAAAUGGACUUCAAGCAGCUCAACAACAACUAAAAUCUCGAAGUAAAAUGCAUGAAAUGGCUGUGAAACAACGUUUGAUAACAGAUCAAGAUCCUCGUAGUCAAGGAUUGGUUCAACUAUCUGCUGAAGAGCGACGAACUCUCAUCCAAGAAGGUUAUCAAGUUCCAACACGUCUUCCCUUGACUAAAGGCGAAGAAGAAGCUCUGAAGAUUGUCCGCCGUAAAAUCAAAAAUAAAUUGUCAGCUCAAGAAUCACGUCGUAAACGAAAAGAAUAUAUGGACACUCUGGAACAACGUUGUCAGGCUUACUUCUCUGAAAAUGCUCAGCUCAAAAUGAGGAUACGUCAAUUAGAAAUUUCCAAUAAACAACUGAAUUCUCAAAUGCAAAAGCUUCAAGAAAUGUUGGGAGGAACUUCUGAUAGGCAGUAA